AUGGCGGCUAUCUUCUCCAUCGUGAGCCAACUAGGGGGCUUUGUGCACUUCGAAGGUGCGGAGGAAGACGAAGGAGCAGUCAGAGCCAUCGCUGUAAACGGCGAAUCUGCUCAACGAAAAGUGCAGCACGAAACAGCUAGGAACUCGGCGUAUGCUGAAGGAUGUUCAGCAGAAAAGCCAAUCAUUGCCCAAUUAAAAAAGUCGAGCAAGCUAUUUCUGCAGGAUUCGUCGUGUUAUGAUGUUGCUCCAAAGCUGUCCAUGUGUAGAGAGUGUAGGAUGAUGUCAGACCAGAGGGACAAGAAAAUGCCAAACAUUUUCUGUCGCUUCUACGCAUUCAGAAAGCUACGCUUUGGCAAGAAUGGCACUGUGCUCAGUGGUGGCUUCUCGGAACCAAGUGAUGCUUCAGAAGAAGAUUUAAAGCUGUGGCUGCCUCCAUUGGAUCAUACACCUAAAGACUUGGAUGUUAACACCGCAAAUAUCAUACUGUCCCAUGUGGGCGAGCAGUUUUGUGAUCUCGUGGAGCAAGAGAGGGAAGCGCAGUCUCUACACAUGGGCGAAGAUAAGACCAUAUCGUGGAAGCGCGUUGUGCAAAGUGUGCUUGAAAUGUGUGAUGUCUGUGAGACAACUCUCUUCAACAUUCACUGGGUGUGUCGCAAGUGCGGUUUUGUGGUGUGUGUAGACUGCUACAAGGCAAAGAAGAAUGGCAUAGUGAAAGCUGAGGACACACCCCCGAAAGACAGAGAUGAGUUCCAGUGGCUCCUGUGUGCCAACCGACAGCCACAUGAGCAGAAUAAACUGAUGAUGACACAAAUAAUACCUAGCAAGGCUUUUUGCAACGUCAGCGAGAGCCUGCACUUGAGACGCCCGGAGAGGAAGAAUGACUACGAGACAAGCUCCUAUAUUACGCAUAUGAAACAACUCAUGAGUUACGUCAAGAAGAGCUUCUCUGAGGAGAGCAGUGCAGUCAGCGAUAAAACGGGGAGUGCUGGAAAAUGCCAAAAGCAAGCUGUGAAUGACGGCGCCAAAACGUCCUCUGGUGCUGUAGGUGGCAGCUAUAGGGGGUGUAACGGAGGCUCUCCAUUGUCGGUCUUGGAAGAUGUAGCACUGCAUUCCUCUACCAGAUUUGAUGACAAAAGGGAUCAGCAGCAGGCGAGUGAAGCUGGUGAUGACGAGAAGGGUGAAGACUUUUCCGCACUGCGAGAACUCCUCAUCCGCCCUACUGGUGGCAGUGCUAAGAGCCAGUUGGAUGAAGUAGUAGCAACAGCAGUACAGCAUUUGGUGGGCAAGAAAGAUGAACAGCAUCUGGAGCAUUUCCCCCGACGCUUUCCCAGCCCACGAAAAGGCGGUAAAGUCUUGCCUGUACGUGUCUGCAGCCUAGCCGAGACUUCACUGCUUUACCCCAAGGUUUCCCAUUCGUGGCUCCGCGAUGGAAAGUUGCUUGAACAUGAUGAUCCAAGAAACAAGCACAACUUGGCCAUAUUCCAGGAGCAGUGGAAGCGAGGCCAGCCUGUGCUGGUCACUGACGUUUGCAAGAACUUGAAUAUGUCAUUGUGGCACCCCGACGGUUUUUGCCGAGAUUUUGGUGAAGUACGAAAUGACCUGGUGAAUUGCCGAAAUGGCAGCAUCCUUCCAAACCAGCCAAUGCGGAAGUUUUGGGAAGGCUUUGAGAACUUAAGCAAGCGCAUGAAAGAUAAAAAUGGAGAAUUUAUGCUGCUGAAGCUGAAGGACUGGCCACCUUGUGACGAUUUCAGCGACAUGCUGCCCAGCAGGUUCAAUGAUCUCAUGAAGGUGUUGCCACUACCAGAGUACACUCACCGGGAUGGAGUUUUCAACUUGGUUGGGCGGCUGCCAGAAUGUUUUGUCAGGCCGGACCUUGGGCCUAAGAUGUACAGUGCCUAUGGCUCUGCGCUUUACCCGAAUAAACACACUACCAACCUACAUGUGGAUGUCAGCGAUGCUGUGAAUAUUAUGGUUUAUCUUGGAAUUCCUAAGGAUCAGAAGCAUGAAGAAGUCAUCAAGGCUGCACUGAACGCAAUUGAUGAAGGCGCAUGUGAUGUCCUGACACGAAAGAGGAUGAGAGAAAAGAAUGCGAAACCAGGUGCUCUUUGGCACAUCUACCAUGCCCGUGAUGCUGACAAGAUCAGAGAUUUUCUUAAGAAGGUGGCACUGGAGCGUGGCGAGAAGCUGGAGCCCCAUCAUGAUCCCAUCCAUGACCAGAGCUGGUAUCUGGAUCACGAGCUCCGCGAGCGCCUUCUUUUUGAAUAUGACGUUGAGGGCUACGCUGUUGCCCAGUGUCUUGGAGAAGCAGUCUUCAUACCAGCAGGUGCCCCACACCAGGUCCUAAACUUGCACAGCUCUAUAAACGUGGCUGAAAGCUUUGUAUCCCCAGAAAACAUUGCUCACUGCUACAGCUUGAUCAGCGAAUUCCGUCAGUUGUCUGUCAUCCACAAAAACCAUGAGGGCAAGCUCCAGAUUAAAAAUGUGAUCUACCAUGCCGUGAAGGAUGCGGUGGCGAUACUCCGGGCAAAUUCUGCUUCAAACCCCAACAAGAAAUGA